AUGAACAACCCUUUCGCGCCCUCGACCUCGCGGCCCGGCCACGGUUCGAUCGUGCUGUCCCUCCUCCCACCUUCGACUCCAGUGCUCCGCACUGUGACCUACCAAUACCCGCUCAAGCUGAUCGCGCCAGAGCCGGCGGCCAUCGCGCCCAACUCGCCGCUGGCGGACGAGCCGCGCACACAGCAUGUCGUGCACACCGUCUUCGUGCUGACGUAUGGCGGCGGUCUUGUCGCAGGCGACGCCGUUACGCUGCGCGUCGCGCUCGCCCCCACCACCCGCCUCUGUCUGCUCACGCAAGGUAGCACCAAGAUCUUCAAGGCGCCGAGCCCCGAGCGCCGCUUCCGCUGCGGCCAGACGACCGACGUGCGCGUUGCGCCCGGCGCCGCGCUGUGCUUCCUGCCCGACCCCGUCCAACCGUUCGCCGAGAGCGGCUUCGUGCAGAAGCAGCGGUACGUCGUGCUGCAAUCGCCGCCUUCUGGCGAGGCUUCGGAGGGUGGGGAGAGGCCGGGGCCUGGCAGCUUGUGCGUGCUGGACUGGGUGAGCGAGGGCCGGUCCGCGCGCGGCGAGCACUGGGAUUGCUACGAGUACACGAGUCGGAAUGAGGUGUGGCUGGCUCCGCAUGGGACGGAACUUGAGCCCAAAGACUGGGACGGUGCCGAGACGGGACGGCUGUUGUUGAGGGAUAAUGUGAUUCUGAAUAAUGAAAGUGGAGAUGGGGCAGCUGCGGCGGGGACAAUUGUUGGACGUAUGGAUGAGCUUGCCGCAUUUGGGACGCUGAUAUUGUAUGGCGGCCUGUUUGAGUUGCUUGGAAAGUUCUUCCUGGAUGAGUUCCAGGCCAUGCCGAGGAUUGGUGCGAAGAAGUGGCAUAGCGCAACUGCGGAUGAACACCAACAGCUAACGCCACAAGAGGCGUGGAGGUCUCAGAGAUUGCGGCAAGAGGCGGAUGAUGGAGUGUUGUGGACAGCGGCAGCCGUGCGCGGAGCUGUACUCGUCAAGUUUGGAGCAAAAAGUGUCGAAGGGGCGCGCAGGUGGCUGGGUAGCAUGAUCAAAAGUGAGGGAACUGUGGAAAAACAUUUCGGAGAAAGGGCUGUGUUGUGUUUGAAGUGA